AGUGUUCUCCCUCCACGCGUCGGCGAUGGCGGCAUGGCCGAACCCGUAUCUGCCGCUCCUCCUCAUCGCCGCCCUGCUCGCCUUCGAGGACUGGCUCUCCACGCCCUCCUGCUCCGGCGGCUCGCCCGCCCUCCACCCUGCCUCCGGCGACCUCAGGGCCAUGUUGAUCGCCGACCUGAUGCUCCUUGGUUCGGAUGCUACACACGCCGACCGCUUCUUCCGAUAUCACCUCAUGUCCAAGCUAAUCACAAAAUCUAUUCAGACAACGAAUCCAGAUAUGAUCAUAGUCCUUGGGGACAUCUCAGCAAAGGGUUCAGAGCAGAGCGAGAGCAAAUGGGUAGCUGUUCUUGAACAGUUUGAGGGGAUACUGGGGCAGUACUCUUCCCUUCCUAUUCAUAUCGUGUUAGGUGAUAAAGAUGUGGGCGGAUGUUUGAGUUUGGAUGGUAAAUUGGUGCACCGUAUGGCCAAUCAUUUGCCAGGAUUAGAUUCAAGUGGUUGUGGUUCCUUUGAGAUUAGUAAUACCAGUUUUUUGUCUUUAAAUGCGAUUGCACUGCUCUGUGGUGACAACACGUUGCGGUUCAGCGUUGAGAAGGUUAUGGAGAUGGAAAGCCAUUGUUUCCAAAGGAAAAGGUUAAACGGACCACAACAUUAUCAUCUGGGAAGUGAAAAACAACAAGAUUCCGAUGCCCACAGUUGGAGACAAAACAGCAUGACUUCGGGAUCUGGUCCAAUCAUUUUACUCCAUAUUCCACUACAUAAGUCCGAUAAGUCUGAUGGAGGAAUCAUCGGUGUCCCCAUAUUUCCAGAGGGAGCUGUCUCAGAUCAUCCUCUGGUUUCCUUGAGUUCGAAAGAAAGUGGAGAUGAUGGCACAAGGCUGUAUGAUCAACUGCAUACCCUCCCUGCAAAUUCAACUCAGUAUAUUCUUCAGGCACUUAAACCAAGGAUUAUAUUUAGUGCUCAUGCCCAUAGCUUCUCAGACUACACCCACGCUGAUGGGACAAGGGAAGUAACAGUGCCUGCCAUGACAUGGAAGAAGAGUGGAGUGCCAGGUUUUGUCAUUGCAACAUUUGGACAGAAAGGGGCUGUAUCUGUGAAGUGCUGCUCGCUAGCUCAGGAAUGGUACAUAGUGACAGGAUAUUCAGCAUUUUUGUUCCUAACAGCUCUUGCAGUAAGAUGGUCACAUUGGAUGUGAAAUGGAAGUACUGAAAUUAUUUCAAGGAAUGUAGCUCACAUCUGGGUCUCCUUACAUAAUUUCUUGGAACUUCGAAAUACGAUUCUUCAUUUAUUGAAAAAUGAUCGGGCCCCGAGACACCUGGGAGCAAACCACAGUACU